GCGUCACAUGCGGCAUCGUGGCCACGACCUUGGAGCUGCAGCAGCCGCGCGUGGGGUGCAGAAGGACCGCCUGAAGAAGAUGCACGGCAGGAAGGCCAUAAUCCGUGCCCUUCAGUGGGGAGCUGGACGUGCCAAGGCAACCAGAAUUUGGACCGCAGGCGCGCUCCCCUCGGUCGGCCACGGUGCAGCUGUCAAGGGCACCAAAGACAGCGAGCUGAAGCAGAUGAGGAGCGUUGCUGGGAGUUUCUGUGGGUGUUCAGGCUCGGGCUCGCUCGCCCUCUACCUCGCUGCGCAGAAGCAGCGCGCAUAUGGCCCGAUCUAUCAUGCCACAUGGAGCAUCCUGCACCUGGUUUCUGCCUGGGUAUGGGGGCUUCGCGGAUCGCCGUCGCGCCUUCAGAAGGCGUGGGUUGCGCUGAGAGACCAGACCAGGGAUGUUUCUCAGUUUACCUGGGCUAGCGCCAGAGGCCCGCUGCCAGCACUCUGGCUCACGCUGAAGCGAGUGUGCUGGGACAUGGCGUCGUCCACGGUGGUCGUCGACGACCUCAGCGUAGCGUAUGAGUUGCUCAGGGUGUCCCCUAGCGAGUUGAAGUACCGCAGGUUUGCCGGCCUGGAGAGAUGGCAAAGUCACAGGGUUCUUGAUCACCUUCCUGGAGCUUCGCAGCGGGAAGAAGGAGGUGGCCGUCGGCACAUCUGGAUGCGUGCUCUGAGGAAAGGCCACUUGCAACCGCUUUCCAAUGGUAUCCGAGGUGAUCUGGCCAAGUUGCAGUUUAACGGUGUGCGGUCGUCUGAGAGACGGCGUCAAGCUGGCCACUCGGACAACGCGAGCUGCGAGUUCUGUGGCCACGAGCCCUCGGACCUAGAGCACGAGAUCUUCUACUGUUCGAUCCGCGAGCCGCAGGAGGACGAGGAGGGGCACCCCUGCCCCGACGACGUCUUGCAGGUCAGGAAGGACAUCUGGAGUCAGGGGCAAACAGGAGUUGGCCUGGAGUGGGACUUCACCCUCGUCAGCAUGCUCUACGCCAUUCCUCUGAGGCCUGUGUUCAGGCCCCCCGAGCCUUGCGCGCUGCCUGUCAAAGAUCGGGGUGCAGUGACGGCGCAGGAAAACGUGUUCGGAAACAAGUGGGUCGAUUGUUUCGCGAAGAUGGCCGCGCUGGAGAUGUCGGGGUCGUCUUCGAUCGCCGAGGGUUUCAGGUUUCAGUUGGAGCGAGCGCUGAGCCGAAUGAG